CUGGCAGGCCUAUAGCUGCUUUGCACACUAAUUGCCAGUGAUCUCCAGGCUGUCCAGGUAGAACCUGCAGUCUAAGUCUUGCAUUGUCUGUAGAAUAACAGGAAUUCAGCUUUGUGCUGACUGAGCAGUAACAUUUUAUCUGGUAUAGUACUCUGACUUCUGAUACUAAGGGCCUUAAAUAAAAUGGAAGAUUUUAAAUUUGAUGGAAAAGAGCGCCUGCCUGUCAACUAUGUGAAGGGGAUUAUGCAACCUGUACCUACCUGUGAUAUCUGGGACCAGAUCUGGAACUUCCAAGCCAAGCCUGAUGAUCUACUUAUUGCCACCUAUCCUAAAGCAGGAACAACAUGGACUCAGGAGAUAGUGGACUUAAUACAAAAUGAAGGUGAUGUUCACAAAAGUCAAAGAGCACCUACUCAUAUACGAAUUCCUUUCAUCGAAUGGGUAAUCCCAUCCAUAAGAACUGGUUUGGAACAAGCUAAGCAAAUGUCCUCACCACGGACUCUGAAAACACACCUUCCCAUCCAAAUGCUGCCACCAUCCUUCCUAGAGAAAAACUGUAAGAUAAUCUAUGUAGCGAGAAAUCCUAAGGACAAUAUGGUGUCUUAUUACCAUUUCCAAAGAAUGAAUAAAGGUCUUCCUGAUCCAGGAAACUGGGAAGAGUAUUUUGAGACUUUUCUGGCUGGGAAAGUGUGCUGGGGAUCUUGGCAUGACCACGUGAAAGGAUGGUGGAAAGCCAAAGAUCAAAACCGCAUUCUCUACCUCUUCUAUGAGGACCUGAAGAAGAAUCCAAAGCAUGAAAUUCAGAAGCUGGCAGAAUUUAUUGGAAAGAACCUAGAUUAUGAAGUUCUAGAUAAAAUUCUCCAUCACACUUCAUUUGAUGUUAUGAAGCAGAAUCCAAUGGCAAACUAUACAACAAUUCCUACUGAAAUCAUGAACCACUCUGUUUCUCCAUUCAUGAGAAAAGGAACAGUUGGAGACUGGAAAAAUCACUUUACUGUGGCUCAGAAUGAGAGAUUUGAUGAAGACUACAAGAAGAAAAUGGCUGAUACCAGUCUAACUUUCCACUUCUAAUUCUCGUAAAAAAGAAAACAACCAAAAAUUUUUUAGUUUAUUACCUAACUUACUGGGUAAUAAUCAAUAAAAUUUUUUUGCUCAGACCACAUGAUACUGGGGAAGGUUCUCAGACUAGUUGUUUAUUAUGUUUGCUUUUGUUCACUCUAAAAGUGAGGCGGUAAAGCUGGCAGAGACGGGGACAAGGUGGAGAGUGGAAACAGGAUGGCCGUGUGGAAGGAAGGAGGUUCAAUCAUGACUAGUUACAAUCACAGCAUCAUUGCUAAUUAUCAUUCUAUGUAAGUUUUCUACAGAUCAUGUGUUUGUUAAAAUUAAAAUUCAUCAUUCCUUAUAUAAGAAAACACUAAAA